AUGCAGGGCAUCCUCGCCUUCGCCAAGUUCUACGCCGAGUCGCCGGACGACGACAAACCGCAUUUGUACGUCCACGGCAUCUCGUCGCUGCGCAUCGCGGAGGCCGAGCGGUCGCGCGCGGCGCCCCCGACGGCCAAGGCCAACGGCGUGCCGCUGCGCCACUACCUCUGGGCCACGGGCCUGCCGGCGGCGGCCUGGACUUUGGACGAGGCGCUCCACGCGCCCCCGCGCGUCGCGGGGCUCAAGCGCGCCGCGGACGCGUGCCUCGGGGCAGGAAAAGGGCGAUUCAACGCGUGCCUCCAUCCCUCAAAAACGGAGGGCUUCGGCCUGAACGUGCUCGAGUGCCAGCUCAUGGGCACGCCCGUGGUCACGACGAAGACGGCGGCCAUGGCCGACUACACGGUCAACGGCGAGGCCGUGCCCUACCGGCAGACGGAGUGGCUCGCGGGGGGCAUGGUGGCGACGCCGGACGUCGACGGCGUCGCGGCCGCGCUCCACCGCCUGCGCGCGCGGCCCAGGCACGAGGCCGACGCGGCCGCGGCGAAGGCCAAGGCCUGGCUCGAGGCGACGUUCAGCUCCGCCGCCGUCGCCGCGGGCAUGGACGCGCUGCUCGCCGACGUGCUCGCGAAACCGCCGGCGCCCGCGAAGCCGCCGACGGUCCGCGUCGAGACCGCGGACUUCCCGGACCCCGUGCACUGGGACGCGGACUGGACGCUCCUCGUCGACGCCGACGUCGACGUCAACGAGGCCGCCGUCGCCGCGUUCGUUUCCCAGCCGUGGGCGACGGCCUCGAACGGCGCGCUCGCGGCGAUCGUGCCCUGCGUCUACGCGGACGGGUCGCCCGUGCCCUACCUCAGCGGCCAGGCGGCGCACCCGCACCUGCCGGUCAUCGUGCGCACGCACACGUUGUCCCACGCCCAGGUCGCGGACCCGGACCGGACGCACGUCGCCGCGCUCAUCCUCCAGCAGGUCCGGGGCGUCCAGCGGCUCCCGGACGGCCUCGCCCGGUUCCGGACGCGCCUGCCGGGCCAGCCGGACACGCGCUACGAGUUCCUCGACACGGAGGUCCGCCACUAAGAGCAAGGACGAAGGCGGGUGUUUACUAAAGAAGAUAAGAAGGG